AUGGACUCUGAAGCAAGUUUUUCCCAAGCAGCACUUCCAGUUUUCAAUGGGGAAAACUAUGAUCUUUGGGCCGUCAAAAUGGAGGCUUACCUAGAAGCUUUGGAUCUGUGGGAAGUUGUAGAAGAGGAGUAUGAAGUCCUUCCGUUGCCGGAAAAUCCCACCAUGGCCCAGAUCAAGAAUCAUAAGGAGAAAAAAACUCGAAAAGCAAAGGCAAAAUCAUGCCUUUUUGCUGGUGUCUCUACAACCAUCUUUACUAGGAUCAUGACUCUCAAAUCAGCAAAAAAAAAUUGGGACUAUCUAAAGGUAGAAUAUGCUGGAGAUGAAAGAAUUCGAAGCAUGCAGGUGCUUAACUUAAUGAGGGAAUUUGAGCUUCAAAGGAUGAAAGAGUCUGACACAAUCAAGGAAUACUCCGACAAACUGUUGGGCAUUGCCAACAAGAUAAAGCUAUUGGGUAGUGAUUUUGCAGAUUCCAGAAUUGUUGAGAAAAUUCUGGUAACGGUGCCAGAGAGGUACGAAGCAUCUAUUACUUUGUUGGAGAACACAAAGGAUCUGUCUAAAAUUACUUUUUUAGAAGUGCUACAUGCCUUCCAAGCCCAAGAGUAG